ACAUAACAAAAAGAAAUUGCUGCAGAUUUUAUUUUACAAUAUGAAAGAAAAUCUACAGUUUCUUGGAGACACUCAUAUUAAGAGAUUUGUGAAGGAACUUUGCUAAGUAUGGAUCCAGGUGGUGGAAGUCUUGGAUUGCACACAUCAGAAUCUAGAAUGGCCCAUACCAUGAUUAUGCAGGAUUUUGUGGCUGGAAUGGCUGGUACUGCACAUAUAGAUGGAGACCAUAUUGUUGUCUCAGUUCCUGAAGCUGUCUUAGUUUCUGACGUUGUCACAGACGAUGGCAUAACUCUUGAUCAUGGCCUUGCGGCCGAAGUUGUUCAUGGGCCUGAUAUCAUCACAGAGACUGAUGUAGUAACAGAAGGUGUGAUUGUGCCUGAAGCUGUACUCGAAGCAGAUGUUGCCAUUGAAGAAGAUUUGGAGGAAGAUGAUGGUGAUCACAUCUUGACUUCUGAGCUAAUUACAGAAACUGUUAGGGUACCUGAGCAGGUUUUUGUGGCUGACCUUGUUACUGGUCCUGAUGGACACCUAGAACAUGUGGUCCAGGAUUGUAUUUCAGGAGUUGACUCUCCCACGAUGGUAUCAGAGGAGGUUCUUGUAACUAACUCGGAUACGGAAACUGUGAUUCAAGCAGAUGGUGGUGUUCCUGGUUCUACAGUUACUAUAAAAACCGAAGAUGAUGACGACGACGACGAUGACGAUGAUGAUGAUGAUGUUAAGAGCACUACUGAAGACUACUUAAUGAUAUCUUUGGAUGAUGUUGGGGAGAAAUUAGAACAUAUGGGAAACGCACCAUUAAAAAUUGGCAGUGAUGGUUCACAAGAUGUUAAAGAAGAUGAGUUUGGUUCAGAAGUAAUAAAAGUGUAUAUAUUUAAAGCCGAGGCUGAAGAUGAUGUCGAAAUCGGCGGAACAGAAAUUGUCACAGAGAGUGAGUACACCAGUGGACAUUCUGUAGCUGGAGUGCUUGACCAGAGCCGAAUGCAGCGGGAGAAGAUGGUUUACAUGGCAGUUAAAGAUUCUUCUCAAGAGGAAGAUGAUAUCAGUUGCGCUGAAAUAGCAGAUGAAGUUUACAUGGAAGUCAUUGUAGGGGAAGAGGAAGGAACUUCUCUCCCUGAGGCACAGCUUGAGGACUCUGAUGUUAAUAAAACAGUUGUCCCUGUUGUCUGGGCUGCGGCAUAUGGAGACGAAAGAAGAGUUUCCCGAAGGUAUGAAGACUGUCAACCUUCAGGAAAUAGCUUGGACUCGGCACUAGAAAACAGAAGUAACACAGCAGCACAGUACCUUCAAAUUUGUGAGAGCAUUAAUACGAAUAAAGUACUUAAACAAAAAGCCAAGAAGAGGAGAAGGGGAGAAACCAGGCAGUGGCAAACAGCUGUUAUAAUAGGUCCUGAUGGACAGCCCUUGACAGUAUACCCUUGCCACAUUUGCACAAAAAAGUUUAAAUCCCGGGGAUUCUUGAAAAGACACAUGAAAAAUCAUCCCGAUCAUUUGAUGAGAAAAAAAUAUCAAUGUACAGACUGUGACUUUACAACUAACAAGAAAGUGAGUUUUCACAACCACUUAGAAAGCCAUAAGCUCAUAAACAAAGUUGACAAAACCCAUGAAUUUACAGAGUACACACGAAGAUACAGAGAGGCUAGUCCAUUGAGUUCAAAUAAACUUAUAUUAAGAGACAAGGAGCCGAAGAUUUACAACUGCAAAUAUUGUGACUAUGAAACUGCAGAGCAAGGUCUGUUGAACAGACAUUUGCUGGCUGUUCACAGCAAGAAUUUUCCUCAUGUUUGUGUUGAGUGUGGGAAGGGCUUUCGACAUCCUUCUGAGCUAAAGAAGCAUAUGAGAACCCAUACUGGUGAGAAGCCAUAUCAGUGUCAGUAUUGUGUCUUCAGGUGUGCAGAUCAGUCAAAUCUGAAAACUCACAUUAAGUCAAAACAUGGUAACAAUUUACCAUAUAAAUGUGAGCACUGUCCCCAAGCAUUUGGUGAUGAGAGGGAGCUUCAGCGUCAUCUGGAUUUGUUCCAAGGACACAAGACACACCAGUGUCCUCAUUGUGACCAUAAGAGCACCAACUCAAGUGACCUUAAGCGGCACAUCAUAUCCGUCCAUACUAAGGAUUUUCCUCAUAAAUGUGAGGUCUGUGAUAAAGGUUUCCAUCGUCCUUCUGAGCUCAAAAAGCAUAGUGAUAUCCAUAAGGGAAGGAAAAUUCAUCAGUGUAGGCACUGUGACUUUAAAACCUCAGAUCCAUUUAUUCUUAGUGGGCAUAUCCUUUCAGUUCAUACUAAGGAUCAGUCAUUGAAGUGUAAAAGGUGCAAGAGAGGGUUCAGACAACAAAAUGAGCUCAAGAAGCAUAUGAAGACCCAUACUGGAAGGAAGAUCUACCAUUGUGAGUAUUGUGAAUAUAGCACCACAGAUGCAUCUGGCUUUAAACGACAUGUGAUAUCAAUACAUACAAAAGACUAUCCACACAGAUGUGAAUUCUGCAAGAAGGGAUUCCGAAGACCGUCAGAAAAAAACCAACAUAUUAUGAGGCACCACAAGGAGGCUUUUGUGUAGUAAGAUCAAUAUGAAGAAAAAAGCUACUUAGAAGAUACGUUAAUUGGGAGGAAAAUCUCACGAACUCUUUCAUCUGGUUUCAAAGUUUGAUAUUAAAUCAUAACUUUACAUUCUUGGUAUUAAAGAUCUUAAAAUAUUUGAAUUGACAGAGGGUCUCACAGCCCUUUGGAAAUUACUUAAAAGAAUUUAAGAAGCACCAUAGAAGGGUUGUAGAAAACUUGUGUUUGUUUAAUUGUAUUACAUGCAUAGUUGAAUUACAGAGGGAAAAAGCAAAGACAUCUACUUUAUUUGGCAGAUCAUACUAGAGACAAAUGUUUCUGAAAAGAGAAUACAUAUUGAGUUUAGCAAUGCUUUGCUGUGGCAAGCACGCCUCAAUUUUAUGCAAUUUUAGAAAUAGGGUAGGGAAGUAAAAUUCAGUCAUCCAUCAGUCACUAAGUCAUUGAGCCUUUUAUCUUUUACCUGGAAGUUGAAAUUCAGAACUGGAGAAAGUUUUGUGCAUUCAUUUAAAAAAAUUUCAUUGGAAAAGUUUAGACUAAUUCAUUACUACUUAAAAAAGAAUUUCAGAGCUGCUAAUAUUUUAUUGAAGGAUAGGAUGUUUAAAAUAUAGCAUUCUGUGAAGUCUAAGGAUUGUGUGUGUGUAUAUAUAUAUAUACACACACACACAUAUAUAUAUUUCCCUUUUAUCCGAUAUUCCAAGUUGAUGUUCAGUAUGGCAUAUAUGACAAGAGUAUAUUUGAGUCAAAUGUGGCUUUCUAAAAUAUAUGCAACAGUAAUGUUGCAAAAAAGUUGGCACAAUAUUUCCUAAUGACAUAAAGAUUAAGUUGAGAGAACACAGUUUUCUUAAAUAUUCUAAUGUUUAAAGAUUUUUUUUAGAACAGUCUUAGCGAGUAUGAUUGUUCUAGUCUUAAUCUAAUGUUUAAAGGUGCAAUUUUAUGCCAUUAUUGAGAAUUUUGAUUUUUAAAAUCUAUAUACCAUGUUGUUAACAUGUGUUUUCAAUAUAAGGCAGUAUUUAUCAGACGGUAUGCUGCCAAGAGAGUUUGAAGGUGAUUAUUCAGUUUACAGUGUAUAGAUUUAAAAUACGCAUCAUUUUAACGCUUUGUGUUAGCAUGCUGCAAAUCAAAAUGGCGCUUUAUAUAACAAGCUGGUUUUAGGGCAACUUAAUAAAAAUCCUGUUCAUAAAUGUAAUUCCUAUGAUGUGUACUUUGAAAGUUUUAGUUGCUUCAUGUUUACACUCAGCUAUUCAACAUAAUUAACAUGUAAUUUUACUUCCUACUAUAGUGUGGUUUUGUGUUUCAAAUAAUGUUCACCUUUCUGUUUUUGCACCAGAUAAGAAUCAGUUUCUUGAGAAUAAAUUUUUUUAUCUUUCUUAACUUCAGAAUAUUAAAUUUGGGAAAUAUAUGAAAAUUGUGUGUUAUGUGGCUGUAAAUGAUGUACACGCUGUAAAAUAAGAUUGUCACUGUUAUGUGGGAGUAUUAUUUUAAAUGUUACUCAUUGAGAUGAGCAUACAAUAAAAUGCAUUUAUUGCACUUCAAGGUUUUAUGAGUUUAUUUAAAGCUGUGUUGUAACGUUCACUCUUUAUUAAAAGACUUUUCACUUGAAGUUGCUCUUAGGUAAUUGGUCCUUUUUUAAACGUGUUCUUAAAUUUUGUGUGUUGGCAACAUGCAAAAGUAAUUUAGACAAUUACGAUGACUGUGGCGUGGUUAUCUCUCAAGAAUGUAUGUCUUAAGGUGCACAUUUUAAAACCCUGGAUUUUGUUUAAAAUUCUGAACUUCUUUAAAUAAUGCAGCCCUGAGAGAUGAAUACAUCAAAUGAUAU